ACUUUCAGUCAGACCUGUUUUCGGUCGUUCGAUCCAUCGUGUGGUUUAUCACAUGGGCUAUUACCCAUAAGUAUGGCCAACAAAGAACCUGAUAUCGCCUGAAAAAUUUAGCUCGGUUACGGGUUAAGUUCAAUCUCUCCUUUGUUUAUCAGGGCUGGGUUUAAGAGGAACUUUUGUAAUUAAAUUGUUUUGCACCAUCAGAACACGCUAGUGUUUCUGAAGUUAUGGCAGUGUUCUCUGAAACACUGUAUAGUAAUCGGAAUCCGAUGAGUUUGUGCCAGCUGCUGUGGGAUCCAUCCAGGUCCAGUGCGUUAUUGGUCGGUCAUCUUUCCCGGAUACGUCCACCAUAGUUUCCUGAGAAUGGUCCUGCCGCCAGCAACAGGACAGAGUCCAGUAACCAAAAGAGCUGCUUGGAACAACAGGAAGUUCGGUUGCACUUUGGCCUUGUUCCAAAUCGCUUUUGUUGUGCUUUUCGCUGUUUUUGUCGAAUACGACUGGGAUGCUCUUCCCUUUAGCAAGAGAAUUCCAGACGCUAGCAACCAUCGAAAAACAUCAGCCAAUACAACGUUAGAUGGGGCAUCGCACUCGAUUAAUGAUAAGGAUAUCCGAAUGCAGGACAGAUUUUCAUUACGUGAUUAUCAUUCAAUGUAUGGGGAUGUCCAGAUUAUGAUAUUUUGCGCGUUCGGCAUGCUAAUUUCUUGCUUCAAACGAUAUGGAUAUUCAAGCUUAGGUAUUGCUUUUGUGUUGGCCGCUUUCGUUGUGGAGUGGUCGACGUUGAUGCAUGGAUUUUUCAAUUUACAAAAUGGAAAAAUACCGUUUAGCAUUGUCACAUUAAUAUCGGCUGAUUUUGCCGUGGCGGCAGUACUGAUCAGCACUUGCGUUAUCCUGGGCACUGUCAGCCCCUUGCAGUAUUUGAUGUUGGCGUUUAUGGAAGUGCCCUUCUAUUCUCUGAACGAAUGGAUCUGUUUGAAGGUUCUCAAGGUUGUGGAUGUGGGAGGUUCCAUGUACUUGCACGUUUUCGCGGCAUUUUUCGGCUUAGCGGUUUCCGUAACCAUUUACCGGCCCAAGCUGUUUAUCGAUGAGUUAAAUAAACUGAAAUUCGGGUCAAAAUGGAACGAGCUGAUCGCCAUGGUUGGAACCCUGAUUCUCUUCAUCUAUUGGCCUAGUUUCAACAGUGUUUUCGCCCCGGCCGAUCUCCAAAAUCGUGCUGUGAUCAACACAGCCGUCUCCUUGCUGGCGUCAUGUUUGGGAUCAUUUACGGCAUCGUCUGUUUUUACCAAAGAUAAAUUUAGCAUGACAGUGAUUCAGAAUGGUGCCUUGGCGGGUGGUGUUGUAAUCGGAGCCGUCGCUGAUCUCAUGAUUCAGCCUUACGUCGCUCUCUUGAUGGGAUUCUCCGCUGGAUGUAUUGCAGUAUUGGGUUUCCUCUUCGUCAACCCGAUUGUGGAGAAGAAGCUGAAGAUCAUGGAUGUCUGUGGAGUGCAGUAUCUCCAUGGUAUGCCAGGGAUUCUGGCCGGCUUGGCCAGUGCUGUAGUGUGCGGCCUGGCUACCGAAGAAGUGUAUGGUUCAAGCUUCUGGGAAGCAUUUCCGGCUGUUGUUCCUCCAAGCAGUUCACCCCUAUAUUCCACUUUACAAACUGCCUAUCCGGAAAUUAAGCCGGGUUAUGGCCGAACUCCCGCCCUCCAAGCUGCUUUCCAGCUGUUGUCAUUGCUGGUUUCAGUUCUGAUCGCCGUUGCUUCCGGCUUGUUCUGCGGCAUGAUUCUGCGUCUAAAGUAUUUUGAUCCGCAUAAACAAGUGGACAUGUUUGAUGACGAGUAUUUGUGGAAUAUACCGAGAGAAUUGUCCUUUGAUGAGGAGAUUGACGUCAAGGAAAUGAUUGGCAAGCUGGAAAAAAUGUUGGUUACUCAGCAGUCCGCCUAUCCGGUCGCGUUGAAAGACCAGCUGAGGGGUUUGGAAUCCUGUCUGAAGGGAUGAGUUGUAUUCAAGCAACUGAAUCGAAAAUCAAAAUGUCUGGAUUCCCCUCCUGCAUGGGGGGAUAGCAGGCUUGUAGUAUUUGAUAGUCUUGCUAUCCUCGGUAAUAUACCUGCAAUAAGUAUGUUACUGGGCUUUCAUUUGGCUUGUGUUAAUCGCCCGAUGCGAAAAUAUUGUAUUGACGCGUUUUUGUUCGUUGUUAAUGACGAUUGCUGGAAGUUUACUUAAAUUGUUGGAAAUGUUGAUGAUGGCUUUAUAAAAGACUUGGAUCCUUGUCC